AAUUUCUCCUAAUAUAUGUUCUGUGAAUAGAACACGAGGCGAGCGCCAAAAACCGUUCGAUAACCGCUCAAAUAUACGGCGGUUUUUUCUGUGAUGUAAGUUGACGUACUCGUUUUAGUGUCUCCCUGAAAAGUAUCGGAAUAUGGUAGAGUUUCCACUGGGGUAUCGCGAAGUCGUACCGGAUCAAACUCUGCCAGAGAAAUGGAAGGAAAUCACUCUGAACACAGGUGGAAGCCAAAGUACACUACAAGAUAUAAAAGUACCAGAGAGGGCAGGUGGCUAUUCAUACAAGGAUUCUUCUAAAUAUUUCACUCGUAAUCGCUUCAUUUAUUGGCGCAUUUACCAUGAUAUACUUGAAUUGGUCGAACAUAGCUUGGACAUUAAUCUUGCUAACUGUCGUGUGAGAUACAAAUUUACAGACACUCCGAUUCUAGAUGGAAUUUCCAUUCAUGAGACAGUUAACUCUGUCGUUAUCUUGAUUGUCACUGUUUCCAGUGUUCACAAGCUUUCCUUCUCUCAUCCAGAUAAGAUCCACAAUCAAGAAAACCUAUUGGGCACAUACACUGACCUUAGUGUACAAUCGAUAUUUAGCGAAGCCUCUGCACAAAAUGCCAGAGAUCCUCAAACAUUUCAUAUUAUUUCUAACGCUGGAGCUACGAAUUCUCCAGUGCCUCAUGCAGCAGCUUCGUGGCUUACAUUGCCGCAAGAAGAAGCAUUGUUCGCUCUCGCGUAUAGUUCGGCCACUAUAUUACUCUUGAGGCUUGACACACUCACAGGUUUUGUGCAUACCAGCGAACUGAAGCAAGACUCUAUAAUGCCCAAGUUCUUAAGUGGCAUAGCCACUGCGUUUAGAAGUCGUAAUACCGAAGCUCACGUAGCUAUGUCUCUUAUUAUACACAGUUACGGCAGCGACACGUAUCUGUUUGCGCUAUGUCGCGAGGGCAAUGUACGUGUAUGGUCUUGCAACAAGACGCAGUGUAUAGCCGUGACAGAUGCAGCAACCGAAAAUCGUAUGGUUUCACAAGGUGCGCAAGGCCACGUCUUAAGGAAAGCUUUGGGAAACGAUAAUGAAUUGUAUCUUGGAACUUUCUUAAAAUUCGGCACAGGAUGCGAAUUCAGCAUUCUUAAACCUGUACAGGACAACGGCAUAUUUAAGUUUAUGAGAUUAUGUACGUUAUAUGCGCCGGAUCAACACCUGGUAGAUUUUGCAUUUACACCAACUAGAUUGUGGGCAGUGUGGAGAACUGUGGACAUGGAUGCGGUGGCGGUGACGCACGCACAGUUACCGUUAACACACCGCAUUAAUCCUGAAUGGGAAACCACGAUCUUGGAGCAAGCACGCGACAGAGAUUAUAUCAUAACUGAACCUGGAACGGAUCCGAGGGAAGCAUACAUUAAUUAUAUUUUUCACCCUGGACAGUUUUCUUUGACGGACAUCACGAAAGCUCUGAGCAUCUAUAGGAGAUCGAAUGUAGUAGCGGAAAUGACAUUUUCACCAGCCGUUUUAAAAGAGAGAGUGUGUAUGGCCGUGGAGGCCGAGAUGCAGGCGGAAGUGAUGGAUUAUGUGAUUAUGGACGAGGAUUAUCUCGAGAUCGCUAAUCGAUGCUGGUCGAAAUUCUACUCGUGCGUCGUUCAAUAUCACGCCAAUGGUACUCGUCCCGUAGGUCUACUUUUACUGCCGAGCGUUUAUGGCGUUGUGUUAUUGAAGAAAUCCUCGUUUUCGCUUCUGAGACCUAUGGAAGCCUUGGAGCAUUUGAUUCUCUGCAAUGAUAAGUCCUAUAUUUCUCGAUUCAAAACAACGCCUGUUUUAUCGCAAGAUGAAGACACGUGCCAAGAUCUAAUUAUUCUGAUGUCCGCAUUGGUCAUGUUGGGAGAACAGCUAUCUGAAGAGACCAAAACGGAAAUCGAGAGAGAAUUGUACCAUCUAAGGAGUCCAGAUAUCAUAAUCGACGAUUUGUUAUCAAAAUUGAUGUUGGAACCUGACGAUCCGCUGUCGGAUUUUGAUUUCCAAUCGGAGCUUUGUCACAAAUUGAGUAACGUUAAAGACAUAUCAGGUGCCAUGGCUAUGUUACUGGAAGCUUUAACGUACGAUCUCGGGCAGCCGAAUAGGCUGCAAUUCGAAGACGAUCACGAGACUUCAAGAGUCCUGUUGAACGUCAGUCAUCUGUUCGGCAGUCAGCUAGGAAUUUCCGCAGUAGCAGAAACCAUAACGCAGAUAGCGCUCUUGAGAUUUUCCAUCUGCAGAGAUUUAUUGAUGCUGCAACAACUUGUAUUACUGCGUCCCGAAAUAUUUAAUUCCAGAUCUUUGCAUACUAUAAGAUCGUCGUUGGCACCAAGAACCGUUGUACUUACUCAAGCUUAUUAUGUCGUCACGUGGAUAUGCGAAUCGACGGCGACGUAUACUCCUUCGCAAUCUUUACUUGAAUCCAGCACUCAGCGUCUUUCAACUCUUAAACUUGCUGAUUCGCGAAUUAAUGUUGGACAGAGACAGCAUCGAUCUCUCUCGCUGUUAGAGCUGUUUAUUCAUAGCAGUGGUGCGAAACAUGCUCAUAUUCUGAUGGCUCAAGCGAAUAUGGAUCCAACGACUUUGAUACCUUGGCAUUAUAGUAUGCUGACGCAUGUGACGCUUAUCGCGCAACUUGUAUGGCCAAUAUCCGGAAAUUUUAUCUUUCCCGAAUGGUUACUCUCCAGUUGCCAAUUCCUGCUUGUUCAGGAAUACGUGAGACUUCUGAACACGUGGUGCGAGUGGAACAGUGCUUCGAGAAAAUUUAUAUUAGCGGUUGCCUUACUAGAAAUGGGAGAGAUGCAAAAAGCGUGCGAUCACUUUCUUCGUGCUUCCAACGGGAUAUUGACCGACGUGUUUUUAGUGGAUGCCUUACUCAAUUCUAAUGUAACGUCAAGAAACAAGGAUCUAGUUCAUUAUUAUCUGAAAGUUAUCAAAUUAUUUGAGGAACACAAUGCGUCCGAUUGUAUUAUAGAGAUUGCCGAAACGGCCAUAGCAACUGCCGACGCGGACGAUCUGAAUUUGCCUACGCUUCAUUCCAUAAUAUUCACACAACAUUUGAGUCUGGGUCAUCAUAAGGAGGCUUACGAUUGUUUAAGUGUAAAUCCAGAUCCUGUACGCAGAGUUGAUUGCUUGCGGCAAUUGGUCGUUACGUUAUUCGAGAAAAAAUUGUUAAUAGAUUUAAUUUCUUUUCCCUAUGUCGAUAUGUACGACGACCUCGAGAGAAUAGUGGAAGGUAGAGCCAGAAGUGUCGAUCUUAUGGAAAACAAUUAUUAUAAUUUUCUGUACAGUUUCCAUGUCAAUAAACAAAACAUGCGGAAAGCCGCAUCCAUAAUGUACGAACAAGCUAUGCGUUUGAGUCAAGAGCCUCACUCCGCACCGAUUAUAGCGAAACAGGCGCAAUGUCUAUUGGCGUGUAUUAAUGCUCUGCAUCAUGUGAGCGAAAAGUACAGGUGGAUUGUAAGGCCUGUAAUUGAUCAAAACAUUUUUAAUGACGUAAACUCAUCGAAUCCACAGAAGAAGAGAAGCGUUGAUGGAAGAGAGGUGUUGCACUACAAGAUAAAAAAACAAGUCGAAGUUCUCGAAUUGAAUGACAUCAAGAAGGAAUAUUAUAUAGUAGAUGCAAGAUUAAAAAUAUCGAAAGUGAAUUCGGAAAUGCAUAUAGUUGCACAUACUGAACUAUCUGAUCUUAUCGUCACUUUAUGUAGCACUGGUUUGUAUGCAACGGCGCUGCACUUGUGCGAUGAAUUUAAAAUCAGUAAAGCCUCUGUACUGAAAAGUUUGACUUCUCAGUGUAUCAAAUUGAGCCACCGCGAGGAUCCAAAUGCUUGGGACUGGCUAAUACAGAAUGAUAUAUUUGAUAUUGGAAUAUCUAAUACAACUAUUACAAAUACCGUUUGGAGACUGUUGGAGUACUUCACAUUGAAGCACGAAAACAGCGAUAACUGCGAGCUACAUAGGGCCGUUGCACAAAAAUUACUACAGGAUGGAGCCUUUCUGCCACAAUGGUUAUUAAUAUCGUAUAAGAAGCGAAAUGCCUCGGAGCUUCUUCGUCUCAUGCUAAAUACUGGUCGAUUAGUGGAAGCUAGUGACUUGGCGGUAGAUUACAUUAACGCGGUAUUAGGUAGCGGUCAAGAACAUUUUGGUCUUAAAAUGCCAUUAGUAGUUACCGCGCCGCCUACUUGGUUACCGCUUAAUACCAUAGAAGUACUGUUGAAUGAAUUACAGCACUUGAGUAAAGACUCGGCUCACACAGAGAGCUACGAGAGAUUAAAUUCAACGUUAGAGAAAUACUUGGAGACGGUAGAACGCGUUUCGGAAGACAUGAUUAAAAUGAAAAUGAUGAACGAACAAUCCUAGUAAAUCAAGCAAACUUUUUGUAUCUAUGGUUCGUGUAUCAUCUCUCAACUGGUCUCCUGCGAUGUACAUACUUAUGUCAAUUUAUAUUAUUACUGCAGUAACUGAAACAGUAUAAAAAAGUUAACAUUUAUAAUUUUUCAAGUUAUUUUGAUUUUUUUUAUAUCUAUUAAAUAGUAAGCUUUCCAUUAUGUAAUAAGGGAGUUUGUUUUCUGGUGAUUUAAAGUGCCAAGAAUGGAUUGUAAUAUACUUUACACAUCUUGUUAGAAUACAUCUCAGUAUUUAUUAUUAUUAUUUCUAUAGCUUCAAUAGCUACAGAAUAAAGUUAAUUAAUAGGAACUAUAAUGAAAUUAUAAGUACCUAUGUUUUCUUA